AUGUAUGAUUAUUACGCGGUCAGUGACCACAGAGCACCGCUCUGGAACACGAUCAAACGGCCAGUAUGGCGGAGGAAAGGCUGCCGGUCGACGAUCCUGUUGUUGUUCGCCGUCCUCAUGGGGGCCACGAUUUUCCUGGCGACGAUACCAGCCACGACCGACUUUCGACAUAAUCAUAGCUACAAAGCCAGUCUCCAGAGUAGACUGGGAACGCCGAAGCAGAACAAGCAUGUGCAACAAGCGGCGAUCGCCGUCAAUGGUACCUCGAAGGACUCGGUCUCGCAGGAUCAUGAGACCAGCGUAUCCAUCGAAGCCGAAAACCAAGCGGACAACAAAACAGACAGCAAAACGGACAACAAAGCAGACAGCAAAUUAGAGAAACCAAAAGCCUCACCACCCGCAAAGAACAAACAACAACCCGCAGAAGCAAUCAAAGAUGCCAUUCCUGAACCCCCGCCGCCACCGCCGUCAAUCGACGACAUCUCAGUCGACGAGGAGCCCAGCCCAGGCCCCGCGCCGGAUCCUGCGAACACUGAAAUAGAAGUGCCUCCUCCUCCUGUUGUGCCAGACACUUCGUCGAAAGAUGAACCGAAAGAUCCGCUGGUCGAGGACGAAUCCAACGAGUCGCAACAGCAUUUGUCACUGGAGAAGAGGGCAGAGUCACUGCCGGAAUUCAUCUGGGUGCCCUUUGAAGAGACCGUCAAGGACGAGGUCCUCCGGGGCUGGGAAGACGAGUGGGUGAGUUCGGGGACGUACGAUUUCGAGAAAUGGGGGCCGUUGGAGGAACCCAAGAUCGAUUUUGUUUAUCUAUGGGUCAAUGGAUCAGAAGAGGACUUUCAGCAGACCAUCCGGCCGUGGGAAGAGAGGUCGAUCCUGAACGACGCCGAGGGGGAAUGGAUCAGCUCCCAUGGGGUGAACCGAUACCGCGACUGGGACGAGCUGCGCUACUCCUUCCGCAGCAUUGAGAAGAACGCCGGCUAUUUCAUGAAUACCAUCAAAGUCCUGGUCAACUCCAUCUAUAAGAACGGCGCCCCGGUCCGCAAACAGACGCCCACCUGGCUCGCCGUGGACGACCCGGAGGUCUCCCAAAUGGUCCAGAUCAUAUCCCAGGAAGAGAUGUUCGAGGACGACAAGAAAGUGUGCUUGCCUGCAUUCAACUCUCUGACAAUCGAGAACCAGAUCUUCAACACGGAAUCAGACAUUGACCAGUUCUUCGCCAUGUCCGAUGACAUGUUGCUGACCCGGGAGCAUGCCCCCGCGGACAUUUACUCGCCACUAUUUGGAGCGGUGAUGAGCUUCAAGACCAACGGCUACAGCACCACGUCUGCACCAACCGAGGCCGACGCACAACGCUUCGGCGAAAAGCCGUAUCUGAUCUACACCUCGUGGCUCCUUAAUCGUCGGUUUGGAGUGCGCAAACGCAAGGGGCAGAGCCACUUCGGGCACUCGCUGUCACGCAGCAUCAUGCGGGAGGCGAUCGAGGCGUUCCCGCGCUCCGAGAUCCAGAGCGCCUGCAAGCGGUUUCGGGGCGAGCCGGGCUUCCAGCUGUACUCGUGGUACGUGACCAACCACUACGUGAUCGAGCGGCACCGCGAGCUGCUGCUGUGGAGUUACAUCAUGCUGCGUAGCGACGUGGACCGCGACGGUAUCCUGUCGUGGGACGAGCGGCAGACGAUCCUGGCCGACCUGGAGCGCGGAGCCAAGAACGCCGAAAAGGCGUCAUUCCGGCGCAAAAUCUUCUACCAUGUGCCCUCGAUGCUGGAGGAAGCCGGCCUGCGCGCGCCCCAGGUCAACACCAACUCGCUGUGGACGUCGCUGGACGGGCCCCACGCCAUCCGCAGCGCCGACUGCUCCGAGUUCUCCAUCGACGACUGCCUGGCGCCCGGGUUCGUGACCGACGACUCGGCCACGUCACGUACGAACCCGACUUUCAGCGCCGCCGUGAUUUUCGAUCGUCUCGCCCGCCAGAAUCCCCAUUGCGGCGACUGCCUGCUGAAGGGCCUGCUGCAGCAGACGCCGGUGGGUCUGAGCCCGCUGCUGCCGGACGCGGAGACCCAGGCAGCCGACCGCGCGCUCGUGGUCAAGGGCGCCAUGCGCUACAAGUUCAUCGAGGUCGACCCGUCGGACACGCUGUUCGUCAUGGUCACCGACGCCGACCAGAUCGACAGCACCUUGUACCGCCACUACGUCAAGGAACGUAAGCAGCUACCGGGUCAGAUGUGCCUCAACGACGACGUCAUUACGACCGACGAGCAGGAGCUGGAGGACAUCCAGCACGCCAUGAGGGAGACGCUGGCGGGAUUAUUCCCCGCCCAGAGCAGGGCGGAGUUGUAA